UGCUUUUCCGGAAGUGAUGACAGACGCUUCCUCUACCAUGUGCGCGUUACCAGAAUCGCCACAGUCGGAGAAGCGAAUACAAAACUUUGAAAGAUAAUGAAAUAAAAGCCACCGCUUGUCCCGUGUGUUACAUUAACACAGAACAGAGGAUGGGAGCAACGUGACUCGGGCAAGUUUUCAAUUAUAAGUAGUAAGCGGAGAAAGUAAAGUCUCAGUCCAGGCUCUAAGCUAGCUAAACGUUUGUUGUUGCCAUGGCUCUGUACGUGAAAGCCGCAGAAAUCUUAGAGAAGGCUGAGAGGAAACAGGGCGCUCUGAAAACCCUGGUUUACGACAGUAAAUUUGGCAACAUUAAGCAGUUGUUCGCGCUGGUCUGUGAGACGCAGAAGUUUUCCUCCGUCCUGAAGGAGCUCAUCGAGUCCACCAACCUGCUCAAGCAGACCAAGCUGAGUAUGCAUCAGGCCAAGGUGCUGGUGUACGACCUGCUGAUGGGCCAGGGGCUGAAGUGCGGGGGCUCCUGGAAGGUCAGGAUGAUGAAGCACCGAUCCAGGCUGCAGGCGGCACUGGCCCGAAUGAAGGUAAAGCACAAGGUCAGUAGGAAUGAAGAUCUCCUCCCAGUCGGCGUUCAGCGAUCCGCCGGGGACCGUCUACCCAGAUAUGUGCGGGUGAACACCCUCCAGAACACCGUGGAUGAUGUCGUGGACUACUUUAAGAGGGACGGCUUGCUCUACCAGGGUCAGGCCUCCAGGCUGGAGGACUUCACCCUGAGGGAGAAAGAAUUUGUGAGGGACAUGCAUCUGCCGGAGCUGCUGAUCUUCUCUCCUAAGACUGACUUCCACGACCACUUCCUCUACAAGGCUGGCCACAUCAUUCUGCAGGACAAAGCCAGCUGCCUCCCUGCCUUUCUCCUCAACCCCCCACCUGGCAGCCAUGUCAUCGAUGCCUGUGCUGCCCCCGGCAACAAAACCAGUCACCUGGCAGCCAUCAUGAAGAACAAGGGCAAACUCUUUGCCUUCGACUUGGACCCCAAGCGUCUAGCGACCAUGUCGACUCUCCUGCUGCGAGCUGGGGUCACUUGUCAGCAGCUUGCCAACCAGGACUUCCUGAAGGUGGAACCUGACAAUGCACAAUAUAAAGAUGUUGAGUAUAUCCUGCUGGAUCCCUCCUGCAGUGGAUCAGGAAUGGUGUGCCUCCGGGACAACGCCUCUGCUGACCAGGAGAAGGAUCAGGCUCGUCUGGCGUCCUUGGCCUCCUUCCAACUGCGCUGCCUGAACCACGGCCUCAGGUUUCCUCGCUUGAAGCGCCUGGUCUACUCCACCUGCUCCAUCCACAGUCAGGAGAAUGAGGAAGUUAUAACAGCCUGUCUGCAGGAGAACCCCAGCUUCAGGUUGGUUCCUGUUUUGGCUGAGUGGCCAGAACGAGGCCUGGACCCGCUCACUCAGUGUCUGAGAGCCAGCACCACCAAGACACGCACACAUGGAUUUUUCGUGGCUCUUCUGGAGAAACGCAAUGAGUCCAGGAAUAUGCAGCAGGGACAAGCUGUACAGAUAAGCGUACCUGAGGCGACAGCCCAAGGUCCUAAUGCCUGCAAGGAGGAGACAGGAACUUUAGAGUCUGAGGAAGAACCAGUAUCUACAGCAGACCAGGACCAGGUGUGUUGCACCCACACUGACAGUGCACCGGGGAAGAGGAAGAGGAAGCGAAAGAAGAAGAAGAAGAAGAAGAUGAUGAGUAAAGAAGCAACAGCCGAGUGAUGAUCAGAAACUUAUACAUGAUAUUGUCUCAUGGGAUGUUUUUUGUGAGCAAUGUAACUAAAAAAGUAAAAAUGAUAUUUUAAUGAA